CCUUCAUUUGCAAAACGUUAAAUCCUUACAAUUAUUGCGGGACAUGUAGGAAGUCUAAAAUUAAUGAGCUCGAUAAACAGCCAGCUUACAAAAUUGACCAAUUCCGAAUUUUGCCGGCAGCACAGUUUUUGUAUGGACAACGCGCGCAGAGAUGUAAAUAUCUCAGGUCUGUGAUUGAUGCCUGACCUUUCAAAAUGAACGAGAUUGCAAAGAAUGCGCAAACCUUCUUGGAGACUCUGCAGAGUGCUUCUGGGGAGGAGGUUGAAGAAUGGGACACGGAGGCCUUACGCAGAGCAAUUCAGUGGGCCAAGUAUUUUGAAGAGGUUCACAAGAAAUUGGCAAACAAACCAAAGAGUAUCCAGCAGCUCAACCGAGUGUUGAAUCUGAUUGGUCACUUGCCUGGGGCAGGUGUCAGCCAAUCGGAAGUCACCUUUGAAAGUCUGGGCCAAUCAGUGAGGCUGUUACUUCAGGCACUACUCCAGAACACCCACUUGAGCUCAGAUCUUUACAGAGAGGUCAUCAAUCAGUACACUCAGCUGGACCGAGGAAAAAGUCCUGAUGGAAACUCUGCAAGCAGUUCCCAAUGUGACGAGAAAGAGGAAGGAAUCCAGACCAAUCAGAUACUCAUACAGGAUGUUUCAAGAUUCGCCAAGGCCAAGGCAAUGCGGAUGCACCUACUGGAAAUGAGACUAAAACUGACCCAGUCCCUGCAGGAGGACCUAAAUAUAGAAGGAAAAUCUGUGCAUCAAGUUGCCCUGGAGACGGAUGCAAGUCUGCUCCGAGAUCACCUGAUGCAUCACCUGACUGGCAGCCGGUCACUUGAGAAGACAAAGGACUACCUUGACAAGCGUUUGCAUUAUGUGGCAAAGCUACCAAAUGGGAUUGAGACUAUUGAUAGCAUCUUAGUUCUGCCUGGAUCUGAAAAUGAGACUGAAGCAAUGGCUUUCCAGCAGUGCGAGCAGUUUGUCUCGGAGUGGAUCACAAAGAACAGACAGCAAUAUAUUCAGGAAAAUAUGGACACAGGGUAAAAAGUUAAUACUUUGAUAAUUAUUAUAAAUCACAUGAUUAGGCUUGGGGUGAGGGAAGGGAUUGAAAAUUAGCAACGAUUUGCUGAAAUCUUUUUCGGGAAGAGGUAGGAGUUGUUUGGGUCAACUAUGGAAUUACAAAGUGGCAAAUUAAGUGCCCCCCGGCGCUUGAAGUAUGAUUUCGAAAGUGUAAGUGGACUUUAUGAUAGGAGCUCAGGGUGUAAUGCUGAGUGAUUUAUGCUGAUUGCAGAAUAAUUGUCCAAUUUCUAAGCAGAAAA